AUGGACAGGAGUAUGAUCGAUGCUGCAAAUGGAUGUGUGUUGGUGAUUAAAACUCCUACUCAAGCAAGGGAACUAAUUGCAAACAUGGCCGCCAAUGCACAACAAUUUGGCAAUAGACAAGAGUCCAUCCCGAGGAGAGUCGAUGAGGAGGAGCAAGAGAAGGAUAUUCUUGAGACAUUUCGCAAGGUUGAGGUAAAUAUUCCCCUCCUUGAUGCAGUCAAGCAAGUACCUCGCUAUGCUAAAUUCCUUAAGGAGUUAUGUACUACUAAGAAAAAGCUGAAAGGAAACGUUAAGAUUGAAAGAGCAAUGUUAGAUCUAGAAGCUUCGAUAAAUGUCAUGCCCCAUUCUAUUUACACAACUUUGAACCUUGGGCCAUUGAAAGAAACGAGAGUGAUUCUACAACUUGCUGAUCGAUCCACUACAUAUCCAAAGGGAGUUUUGGAGGACGUCUUAGUCCAAGUCAAUGAUCUGGUCUUUCCUGUUGAUUUUUAUGUGAUUGAUAUGGAAGAAGAUAAUUCUUCCAAUUCAACUCCAAUUUUGUUGGGAAGCCCAUUUCUUAAGACAUCCAAGACUAAAAUCGAUGUGCAUAAGGGGACACUUACCAUGGAAUUUGAUGAUGAGAUUAUCAACUUUAAUAUUUAUGAUGCCAUGAAAUAUCCUAGUGAUGAUAAUCCUAUUUAUUCUAUUGAUGUGAUUGAUUCUUUAGCACAGGAAGUUUUUGAACUUGGUGGGAAGGAGGGAUUCGGAAUUUCCAUUACUAAGCAUCCUGAGGAAGAGGAGUUAAUCUUGAAUUCUAAAUUGCAGGAAACUGUUGCAACAUUGAAUGAUUCUCUGGAGUUACAACAGUCAGGUAACGUUCCUUAUAUUCCGUUACCAAUUUCUAAUGAGAGACCUUUACCCUCUAUUUUGCAGGCCCCUAUUCCAGAUUUGUACCCACCCAUGAUGGUUGAAAGGGGAGAACACCGGAAGUUGCAACUACAAAAGUUAGAGGAUCUGGUUUAUGAUGAUUAA